UGCUAACGUUUUGCACUGUAACUCCAAUUGUUUUCAAAAAAGUGUAUUCAUGUGAUGCAUAAACUUUUCGUGGCACGUUGAGCUGUGAAAUGAGGCGAGAAAAAUAUCAAAUUUAUUUUAAAUGGGCUCGUGAGAGACAAAAAUAUGAUUUGCAUUAGAAACAACAUGGGACUGACAUGCCAAGAGGGGCAGAAUAGUUUACACAUAAAAGAUGUCGGUACAUAUCUAGGUACAUAAACAAUAUCUAUUGUAGAACCCACAUCCACGACUAAAAAAAAUCUUACAAAUGUGCGCAAAGCAUCUAAAACUUGUGCAGUCUCAAUUUUCAACCAAAUGAGCUCAAAUUUUGGGAGAAGACAUAGAAUCUGGUUACAAAUCGAGUAGAACGGCAGUGUGGAGCAAAAACAAUUUUUUCAACCACUUUACUGGCCCACCUUGUCCCCAAAUACAUUUUCCACAACGUUAUUACCAGCAUACGAUUAUCCCAUACUAGCCUAGCAUUGCUAGGAUAUUACAUGUAUACAAAUAUAAAACGAUUUUGUCCAAAUUUUAAAAUUGCUAAGCAAGCUAUGCUUUCUUUUCUGGACAGUAUUUUUAAAUUUUCUUUGCGUGACUAAUUUUGUUCGACGUCUCCACGAAAACAUGACUUUUAUCGCAGAAAAUACAUUUCUAUGGCAAAAAUUAGCUGUUCAGCUGAGUGUAAAUGUGACGCUUGAUAAUGCUAUACAAUUAUUGCAACAAGGAGUAAAAAUUCUAUACAUUCAGUUUGGAUUACAUACAAGAGAAGAGAACGAACAUCUCUUGGAUAUGGCAAAUCAAGCAAUUGGAACAUAUGCCUUAGAAAUGGACCUCCGAAAACCGGCUAUCGGUGUCGCAUGUGAGCUGAGUGGUAGAAGUUGUCGUUUGAAGUAUGGCCGCAAAUGGGGUCCAGUUGAAGUUACUCCAGGGCAAAGAAUUUACCUAACAUCCGACGCAAAAUACGAGGACAAAAAGUCCGAUUCUAUAAUUUUCGUCACCAACUUUGAAAAGCUGUUGACCACAUUGAUCCCAGGAGACGUUUUGAACAUAAACGAAAUGCAGCUUAAAGUAUGUAAAAUAAAUGGGAAAUACAUGCAGUGCUGCAUCAUAAAUGACUCUAGAAGCUCUUUGUGUAUGUUCUAUCCUUACGACCAAAUAGAAAACAUUUCUACGGACAAAAGUACCAAAUUGUCCAAUAUUAAUGCACAGGAAUGUUUGCUAGCUCUCAAGAAAGGAUGUCGCUACAUUGUCAUACCUGAUGUGGAAAACCACACGAUGAUUCAUGCUGUGGAUGAACUACUGCAAUUUAAUUUGAAAGGAGAUCAAACCAUCCGAACAAUCGCUAGAUUGGUAACCUCUGCUAGUGAUAAUCCCUGUAUCAAGCAUAACAUCCAACACGUGGCAGGAUGUGUCACACAGGACGCCGAUGUCGUAAGACAGUGUAAGGAAUUAUGCAAAGCAGUAUUGUUUGAAGUUUCGGACAUAGAUCAACUACCCAAAGAGGAAAUAUUUCGUCAUGUAGAUGUCUUCAUCACCAAGCCAGAAAUAAUCGAGGCCCUUAAAUUUCGCCUCAGGGAGUUAAAUCAAACUGCUAUGAGUACAUUGAAACCAUCUGUCUAUCCACUGCAACUAGAGCAAGGACAACGUGUUCUAUGCCAGUGCAUAGAAUAUGCCAGCAACAAUUGCAAAGCUAAUGCUGUUAUUUUUUGCACGCCCAAAUCCUUAUGCGAAGCAGAAAAACUCUCCCGCAGGAGUUUACCAUGUCCAGUGCUUGUCACAACCGAAGAUGAAGAUGCGUUGUACUACCUUCUGCUUCGCAAGUACUGUUUUCCCGUCUUUGUAUGUGGCGCCAAGUCUAACCGACAACUCAUCAAGUAUGCAACCAUCUAUGGACGAAAAUUUGGAUUUUUAAAACCGGGCAACUUUAUUGUCAGUGGAUUCGGUGAACACCUUGUUCAAGGGUUGGAAAUGCGGUACGUACCAGACGACUUUAUUGUUGGAGCCCAAUAAACUUCACCAACUUGCA